AGAGGGGCGCCGAGCCCCGAGGGACGGGCUGCGCCGCGGCUAGGUCUCGCCCGGCUCCCGCCCCUUAGUCCAGACGCGCGCCCCUCGCGGGGGUCCUGUCUCGGAUGCGGCAAGGCGGCCGCGGAGCGCCGCGCCGUCGGGGGUCUUUCUCGCCCGGCGCGUCCCUCCCGCGGCGCUCGGCUCGUGAGCCAACAGCCCCCUGCCGCCUCUCGGCCGCCCUGGCCGCCAGCUCUUCCAUGCGGGUGCCCGCCCGGGGCCGGCCAUGAGCCAGACGGAGCUGUCCACCUGCGCGGCGCCCGCCCCGCCGAGCCAGCGCGUCUUCCAGGAGGCGGUGCGCAAGGGCAACACCAAAGAGCUCCAGUCCCUGCUGCAGAACAUGACCAACUGCGAGUUCAACGUCAACUCCUUCGGGCCCGAGGGCCAGACGGCGCUUCACCAGUCGGUCAUCGACGGCAACCUGGAACUGGUCAAGCUGCUGGUCAAGUUCGGCGCCGACAUCCGGCUGGCCAACCGCGACGGCUGGAGCGCCCUCCACAUCGCCGCCUUUGGGGGCCACCAGGACAUCGUCCUCUACCUGAUCACCAAGGCCAAAUAUUCCUCGGGCAGCCGGUGAUGCCCGCCUGCCGGGGCAGGGAUGGGGCGGAGGGGGCUGCGGGACUCGACCAGACGAGGCCGGCCGGCCCAUCGGGCUGUUCCGGUGAAGGCGACGUGCCGCUGGGGCCGCCGAAGAACAUGGA